AUGCGUUUCUCGUUUGCCGUAAGUCAUACUCGUAUCGUUUGUUAUGAGUCAAAACCAUCGCCAUUUGAUCUUCAGCCAAGUUUUCGAGAGCUGCAGUUAACAUAAUGCUAAUAAUUUUGAUAAUCUUGGUUUUCAAUUCGAUUGGAUCGCAUAACUUAGCUUUUUAAGAUCCAAAAAACUUUUCACUCCUACGUUCUUCAUAAUUUUUCGUAUACAUAUUUUAUCCUUAGUCUUCCUCUUCCAGUUUAACAAUCCACUCUCUUCAAUAAUCAUUUUCAACAAACUAUCACGGUCCAGUAUGUGGCCUUCUGAUUAUUAAAAUUCGCUAAAGUUGCAUUUUUUUCUUAAUUCCUCUUAACACUCCUUUAUUUUUUACUAAUAUAGUUUAUCUCAUACGCGUUUUGCGUUCCAUUUUCUUCGUGAAUUUUUGAAAUUUUUAUUUUUUUUACGAAUGUUGUAUAAUAUAGGUAGAUACAUAUAUUAUGCUUCCGUAAGAAAUUCCAACUGUUUAUUUAUUUAAUAUUUAUAUAUUUUUUGGCGAUAUUUUAUUUUGAUGUUUAGUUAGGUUUUUCAUUUAUUUUUACCAUGCAUUUGCAUAACAUGGAAUGACCACGAGCGAUUUUGUAUCGAGUGCGGUCGCCUUUAUGUAUACUUAUUGCCGCUUAGUGCGUUGCCAGGGAGUACACCAUUUCGGAAAUUGUCUACGUUUACUCUGAAUAUUUUUCUGAAUGGUUUUUUUUUAAUCUAAUUUCACGAAAAUCCGAUACUGUAGUUAUUAUGCAUGAUAGGUAUUUAAACUGAACGAGAAAACGAGUGUAAAUGUUCUAAACAACCGCCCUGUACAUACCGUUAGUAUACUGUUAAAACUCAUUAGCCUUUGUGAAUAUAGUUUGUAGCUUCGUUCGUGAUUGUGGCCGCAGUGUCCGCCGGCAUUUAUCCGGCAAAGACAGGUGGCAAAGGCCCCGCGCACGCAAAGAACGGAAGCGUCGAUGAGCAACUGGGCAACAGUUUUCAUUUGCAGUCGCCCGACGGACAAUACGUUUUCGGACAUACUACCGGAAACCAGGUAAGUGGUAACUGUAUAAUAAAUACCGUAAUUUGUUUAUGAUUCGAAGAACUUCAAAUAAUUAUAUUUUUACGAGAUUAAAAAUAAUAGAACGAUUUUAAUAUGGAGUUUUAAAUAAAUAACUUUCUCGACUUCUCGUAUCGUCAAUAUAUUAUUUCAGAUGCAUUAUUUCUUUCGUAGCACGUUUCUGUUUAUAAUUUCGAGAGUUAUGCAAUAUUUGCUUCAGUAAUUGUGUAAUUAGGUAGGUAUCUAUAUAAUUAAUGGUUGUUUUAAAAUUAUACUCUAUGAGAAUCAAAGAAAUCUAUAGCGUUUUGCUUAUACAUCACGCACCAUUUGCAAUACUAUUUCUAUUUUAUACUUUGCUCGACGACGCAUUUUCUGGUUAGAAUUUGUGGGUCGUGAUCGGGUUACAAUACUUACACAAGCUGUGGCCGAUAUAAGUUGGACGAUUUAAAAUAAUAAUUGGUCGGAUAUGUUUGACAGGGCAGAGCCGAAAUUCGUGACAAAGACGGUACGGUGACCGGAUAUUACAGUUACGCGGACGGUAAUGGUCAGGUGGUCUACGUCAAUUACGUGGCAGACGCAAAAGGAUACAGGGUGUCAUCCAACUCUGGUGUGCCGUCGGCUUCGGUCACCGUAGAAGGCACCCCGAAUAUUGCGGUCGCUCCCGUCGAAACCGAUUUCCGAAAAGUAUUUGCAGAUUUUACCGAACGCGUGAAGGUAUAUAAAGAAAGAGAGAGAGAGAGAGAGAGAGGAUAAAAGAUUCGAGUUUGUAGAUUGAAAAUUCUCUCUGAAUUUCGGAUUGUGAUAACUUGUGUUUACAAAAAAUUAACUCACCAAAAUACGUUUAUAAAUGUUAACAGGGUAAAGUAUUACCGCGAGCUGGACAAGAGCCAGUUAUUGAUGGGCAGAUAACGGUGGACACGGAGUUUCUUGAUAAAGAAGUCAGUAAUGGUGUCAACGUAAUCACUGUGUGAUUUAGUGGAUUACUAAAUGCAGAGAGGGCAAAAAUUCCAAUUUUAAAAUUUUUCAAAAGAGACAAAAAACUCAAACGCCUAUAAUUUUAUAACAUUUCAUAAAACUACUGUAGAAACAUAUACAGUGUCAUACUGUACCUAUGUAUAUACUUACCUAACACUAUAACAGAAAAUAAUUUAUUUUUUAAUCUUUUUCAUAGAUACUAAUAGUAUUUUUAUUUUUUUAAAUGUUUAAUAUUUGAACAUGUGUCUUUUUUGCAUUUACUAAUUCAUAUUUAAUAUGCAUAUUUUAUUUUUUCGGGAUGGUCGACUCUAAUGUGUAGUUAUUAUGAAUAUUUUGGCUUUCGCUUUAUGCUUAAAUAUAUGUGUUAUAAAUUAUAGACAAAACCUUCAAUUCACGGAGGAGGAAACGGGUUUCCGGAUUGGAAUCAAGUGAAGAUGUCAACUACAACUCAAAAGUCAACGGUGAGUCGAUCGAACCAAAAAUAUUUUACUUUUUAAAUAAAUUCUUUACUUCUAAUGUUAUAACUAAAUAUAAUUUGAAACAUGCAUAGAACGGAUUGACAAUAUUUCAUGUUUUGUUUUUUUUGUUUGCAAUCAGGAUGAAAUCGAACACAGCGAAGGACAACAGCAACAAGAAGUCGUAGAACCUAAUUGGGAUGAUAUUGUAAUGGCAAUCACAACUCAAAAAUCAAAUGUAAAUAUGAUCACGUAACUGCAUAGAAGUACAUAUCUUUAGUAUUUGUAGUGUAAAAUGUAUACAACUGUAAAUAAUUAAUAUUAAAUUGAUUAUUUAUUCUUAAUUAAUAAAAUUCUAAUUAUAAUCUAAUUUAUGUAAAUUAGAUUAUAAUAUGAAAAAGUGGGUUGCAAAUUUAUAAUGUAAAUAAUUAACAAGUUUCAGUUAAGUUAAAUAAACAAAACAAAAUUUUCUAUUCAAUUUUAAUAAAAAAAAAUAAAUUUAAACCUACAAUUAAAAGUUAAAACAUAAAUAAAUGUGUUAACUCGACUAAAUCAUUGAUUCAAUCGUCUGUAUUCAACCGGUUAUAACUAAACUGGAUAUAAAUUUGCUGUAAAAAAUCGAGUUUAUAAUAUUCAAUGAAAACUUAACCAUAGUUGAAUCAGUUACACAUAUAGGUACAUAAUGGGUACGUUUUUUUUUUUUUUUUUUUUGUAACUUAAUGAUCAAUAUUCCUCUCAGGUAAUAUUUUCUUUUUAGAUAAAAAAAAAAAAAAAAAUGUAUUUCAUAUACAAAAUGAAAAUUGGUAUCAAUGUACUUGCAAUUUGCAAUUAUAUUUGUCUUAUUACUAAACCGAAAAUAAUGCACAUGUAUAUCAAGUAUAAAAAUACUCAUACUAUUAGGAAUAAAUAAUAGAUAUAACUAAGUAAACAAUUAUAGAAUAAUUGAUAUUAGGUAUAAACAAUGAACUAAGUAAAAAAUAUAUGCCUAUAUAUGCCAUGGUUAAUGUUAAUGUUCUGUAUGGUUAAACUGGGUAAACAGAUAGAGUAUGCGUGAAAUGUGAUAAAAAAAUAAAAAUGUGUAACAUUACCUGUAUAAGAAUACAUGAUCAUAUAAUUCUAUAUAACAUACGUAUAUUGAGUGGAAGUUAUUUGCAUCAAGUGUUAUGGAUAAUCGGUCGUCGUGUCACCGUCAUCAUGCGCCGUAUACUAACGUCGAUUUGGUAAAUUAUUUGAAGAAAAUGUAAUUUGUCGAAUAUUACUGCGGUAUUUUACGGGAAUCAUAUCUAACAUUUGAGUUGCUAAAUAUCCCUACGCCACGGGCUAUUUGUCUAUUUUAAAAUCAAUGGUUUUAUACCAUAAAAAAACGUAUAAAAAGUAUAAAACGUAUGAAAUAAUACUGCGUAUUAUGCGUUACAAAUACAAACUUACAGCCCUGAUAAUUUAAUUUUGAUAUGGUACACUCUGAUAAGCACCGUCGAAAUUUAAAAUUAUUUUAUAUAGAAUUCGAAAAAUAUUAAUGUACUGUCUUGUAUAGGUUAAGGUUGAAGAUGGUCAAGGAUCUUCUGACAACGAUUGGAGGAGUGCAAUCACUACAGAAACGACUCCAAAGGCAUCCGUUUCGCAAGAGUCUUCAACACUAGUAAAUAUGUCUAUAUCGUUUUUAUUAUUAUUAAAACUUUAAUAAUCACUAUUAUUAAUAUUAUUAUUGUCGGAUACAAUAUGUUUUUGUUUGUGUUUGUUUAUCUACCGAUAAAAACCAUAAUACUGUGACGUGAACUAAUAUAAAAAUAUGUGCACUGCAGCAAUCUAUGCACAAUAGUAUCGCCACGCUAUUAUAUAAAUUUAAUUGAGGAUUGAAUAAUUAUUAUUCAUACAUACUUUUUUUAAAUCUAUAUUUUUUUUUUUCAGGCUCCCGUUAAAGAACAAUAUCCGAACACCGUGAUUCCCGAAACCCGUAACACCGUAAGUCUCAAAAGCGAAAUAAAAAUAUAACAAAUACUAUAUGCACAGUUAAAUUACAGUUUUGUAAACAAUGUGUUUUUAGUUUUUAUUCGAAUUUUUUUAUAAGAUAUAUUAACAAAAUAAAUAAUAUAUUCGAAUACUCGAAAGAUAAUGCCAGCUGGCAAGGUUAUGUUUGUCAAGGGUUAACACUAUUUUUCGAAUACAAUUUUAAAUGUAAACAAAUUUUAAAAUACCGUUUAUCGGCGUAAUUUUAUUUUCGAUUAUAAAUUUCGAUUCUUAUAUUAACGAGAUUUUAUUAUUAUUAUUUUUUUUUAAUACACUAACAGGAAAUCACGACCGAAAUCGUCAACUCUAAUAGAAUUAAUACGGAGUCUAAUACCGUAAUCGCUGACGACACUAGAAAUAAUUCACCGGUGACAAGACCGGUAAUUUAUUGUUUUUAUACCGCAUUCGCAUCACUAUUCCAUUAUUCUAAAAAUUAUAUUAUUUUCAUACAGGUUUCGAUUUUAAACGACGUACAGACAACAAUAUCGUACAACGACGGGUCUAUCAUGCAAACGACAGAAGAUACAAACAGCCGAGGAAGUUUUCCGGUGAAUAUUAGCUUUGAGGAUGCAGCAUAUAUAAUUGGGCUAAUCAAUAAAGUUAAAUAGCAAAAAAAAAAAACACACUAAUCAUGAUAUUUUAUUUUUUUUUUAAAUUUGGACUGUCAUUUUUUUUUCAAAGCUCUUAAAAUUUCAAAAAUGUAGUUUUCGCCAAUGUUUUCGAAAAUAUUGCUUAAAUUAAAAAAUGUCUGAUAUAUAAUUUUACAAUUAAAAAAAAAAGGGGGUUCUUAAAUUCUUUUGUUAAAAGUACCUCCUACGUAUAGUAUUGAAAAUAUUCAAAUACGUUGCUCACAUAUUAUGUCCAGACAUGACAAAUCGGUUAUUUUUACGCUAAAAUUGUAAAUUUUAAUGUUAUAAGUGAUAAAACCGAAAACCAUUUUAAUGAAAUUCAGUAAUGUAAUAUUAAUUAAAAUAGAUUGAAACUUUUUUUUUUAUAAUUUCUGUACAAUCUAUAGACAACUAUGUCCAGCGUGAGAUCGUUCGAAGAACCAUCGACGAUAGUGCAGGUUUUAGAAAGUGUAACGGAGCAUUUCGACCAAAUUGUCGACAAAAAGAAGAACGAAGAAAAAAUCGCGGUACAUAAUAUGCUUAAAAAUUAAUAAUACGAUCGUUAAAUAAAUGUGACAGUUAACAAAUAUUUGUAUAUUGUCGAUAAAUGUACCGAUGUAUAAACCAACGUUUUAUUUUCAGUUACCGAUAGACACGACGACCAUCAGACCAUUUGAAAAUUCAGUACUACCCGACGCAACUACCCAAUACCCGAGCAUUCGAAAUGAUAAUUUCGAAGUAACACACCCAAUCGUCUCAAACUUAUAUCACGACUCAGUACUUACAUUAUAAUUAUACCAUUUGUUUGUUUGUUUUUUUUUUUGUAGACUACCAAUGCACCGGCAGACGUCGUCGGUUUCACGACAAUCGGCCGAGCGGUCGACGAAAAAUUGGACAGUGCGUCACCGGCUUACGAACCCGCAAUAACCACGAUCCAGGUAGUUAGGAAAACAAAUUAUUUAAUCUUACUUAAUUUUACUGUUGGUGAUAGCGGUGAUACUGACAUCUAUGUUUCGCGAAACUCGUAACACGCGGACAACUAUUCUAUUUUUAGAACUUUCUUUUCUUCUUUUGAUGCGAUAUAACACGGUAAACUUUUAUAGCGAUUUAACAGAGACGUUUUAAAUUCGGAGCGUUUCGAGGAGUGCAUUUGUUUUACAAUGAUGUUUAUUUUAUUUUAUAUUUUUUUUUCGUUUUUUUUUUUUAUACUGUGAAUAACUUUUGAACAGAAAUCUUAUUCCAAUGUAUCAUGUGUAGUAUCUUUUCUGAAAGUAAAGUUUAUUAAGUUGGUACAUUACAACGAGUAAUUUUUGAUUUUUCAAGCGCAUAUUAUAAUAAUUGGAAAAAACCGGGAAAACACAGACAAAUUUACAAAAGUAAUGUUUUUAUUAUUUUGUUUUUUUUUUUUUUUUUUAUAUAUUUAAUUCUGUUAAAAACGUUCGUAGAAACUUGAUAUUUUUACAAAAUCCUUGUAUUUGUUUUUUUUUAGGCGUGGUAACAUUUUCAAAACAUUUGAGUUAUUUUUUAUUUAUUUAUAGACAUUUUAAUUUUACGAGUUUUUUUAUGUACAUUUUAUUUGGUGAAUACUCUGUGGAUAAAAUUGUUAGACUAAACAGACAAUUCUUGAAAAUUUAAAUGGAGGUUCUUUAUAAGUUGUUAUUUGGUAAAAAAAAAUAAAAUAAUUGAGUUUAAUGUAGAAUUUUUUUUUAUAAGAAUUUUAAUAUCACAAAAAUAAUUACCAUAAUGGCCUUUAAAAACGUGUUUAACCGAACUUCACUCAGAAACGUUUUUCAUUAGCAAUGAUUUAUCGUUAAAUACAGAUACAAAUUAAAUUCCUAACUAUAUCCUACUUUCCCAACUUCUCAUUUACAACUAUGGCCCACCCGUUGUGCGAAGAAUGUCUGUCUUAUUUUUAUUGGAACUUUAGUGAAACUCCUAUAUAGUGUUGUUCGAUCCUUUGAAACUUUAUCAUGCCAUCGUUGUUUAAGUCUGCAAGUGGCUUCUUUUCUUGUGGUUUCCAGUUCACGACUUUUAUGUGAUCACGUUAAAUACGUGACGUAGCGAACUUAGUCUUUUAGCUCUAAUUACUUCAAUUAUGUUUAGUUCUCCAGUUUCUUCAUUUAAUUUUGUCUCAUACCUUUAAAUUAAUUUUGGGUUCACAUGUCUUUCAUAGAAACUUUGUUUCUAUUACUGCCAAUUUUCUCUCGUUCUCUAAAUUUAUGAUCUUGAGUAUCAAAUAAAAGUUGUAUCCGCAUCUCUGCUAUUAUAUUUUGAACAAUGAAUGAUUAACAUUAAUUAUUGGAAAACAUUUUGUUAAAAAAGUCAGACCACAGCGAAGUCAGCAACAUGGCUACCACAACUGCAGGCGUUCAGUACGUGACUGAAGUGAAUAAGAUUGGAGGUGUCGAGUUUAGAGUAAGCCACGAUAACAGAGUUUUAUCCGCGUUUAAUCUCCUUAAUUAUUACAUUAUUAUUAAAAAUGCAUAUUUUUUUUUAGACGUUAGUGCCUGUUGGACAGAUCGAGACAACUAUUAGCCCUGCAACAUUUGACCAAUCUGCGGUAAGUCUUAUACGUGUUUUUUAAUUCAUUAGAUACUUUUUUCGUUGGUUAGUUAAUGUCGUCUUGACAUAAUGUUUUAUAGGCUCAAGAACACACCGAGAUUACGUGGCCAGAGAUACCACAAGAACCUGCUACACCGCAAGUUUUGGUAAGUACUUUGGUUUUUUUGGGGGGGGGAGGCUCCUGAAAAUCAAAAAAAAUAGUAACUUAUAUCAUUUGUUUUACAGGUGCCUUUGGAUCCGUAUCCCAUAAAACGUACAAAGAAUUCGGGCGUUAAAGCGAUGCCGAUCAAAUCUAGACUGGUAUAUUACAACAAAAUAAUAGUUUUAGUUAAAAUAUUUAGAAUUGAAAUUAUUUUUUUUUUGUGUUUUGUAUAAUAUAGGCAUCAGAUUUUGAACUAAACGAUGAAGUGACAACAAUGCCGACUAAUAAUGUCGACGAAGUAACUCCGUAUUACUAUCCACGAUAUUAUCUCAUAGGUUAA